AUGGACCCGAAGUCAACCCCGCGGACCCGUGUGAAGUGCGGACGCAUCGCUGGGCAAGUUGUUCGGUGGCAGGGAGAGGAGGGAUGGAUCCGGCCUGACAAGCCAAUCGAGCACCCAUUCAGACAGAAGAGCCAAGGACAGCUUGUUGUCAAGCAAAAGGAUGUCGCUGCAGGCCAGAGCCUGAAGCCUGGCAACUUUGUGGAUUUCUUGGUGUAUUCCGAGACUGUGUCGGGUGGUCGACUUGGAGCGGAGUAUUGCCGGCUCUUGCCGCAAAAGCCGUUGGCCAAGCCCAUCAAUGUGCUUUGUGCGGCGCCUUCGCAGCCUAAGGGCGUAGUCAAGCCAGGCCUCAAGGCGAGACCACCCAAGCAUUUGCCCAAGCCGGCAGCCAAGCCGGCAGCCAAGCCGGCAGCCAAGCCGGCAGCCAAGCCGGCAGCCAAGCCGGCAGCGCCGGCUCUAGCCCCUGCCAAGCAGUUGCCAAUGCCCAAGCUGGCGGCCAAGCUGCUAGCCAAGCCCGCAGCAAAGCCUGUGCAGAUCGGCCGAAAGAUUGGUAGCUUGCUGAUCGCCAAGCAGCCUGCGCAGCCGAAACAUGCGCCGCCCAUGCCGCUCGCGCGGAAAUUUAACGUCCUGAAGCUUGGCCUGAAGACGAAACCCGUGAAGGCUGCCACGCCCGCCAAGCCAGGGACUUGGGUCAUCGUCAAGCCUGUCACCGCAGCUGCCAAACCGAUGGCAGGCCCAGCUGUCCAUGGACAGGUGACAAAGAUCCCGGCAAAAACAAGUGCACAGCCCCAGCUUGUGAAGCCUGCCCUGGGCCUCCUGAAAACCCAGGGGGCAACGGCAGCUCCAGGGCAGAAGGUUCGCACCCAAAUCACCUUCGUCCCGCAGGGUGGGAGAAUCAGCAAAUGGUUGGGGAACUUUGGGUGGAUUACGCCAGACAAACCAGUACCACGACCAGAAGCUGCAAAGCACAACGGCCAAGUCUUUUUGCACAAGGACGACCUGCAGGUUGAGCAGCCCCACGUGGGGAGCAGAGUGAACUUCUGCCUCUACGUGGACCACAGCGGCUUGGGUGCCAUGAACUGCGCGCUGGCGGCAGGUGCCAUCGUGGCCCAGGGCAAAGCCGGCAAUAACAUCGGCAAGGCCGGAGUUGGCAAGGCUGGGGCCGCUCAGAGCAGCAAGGCCGGGGCCGCUCAGGGCAAGACCGGGGCUGGCAAGGCCGGGGCCGCUCAGGGCAAGGCCGGGGCUGGCAAGGCCGGGGCUGGCAAGGCCGCGCAGGGCAAGGCUGGGGCUGGCAAGGCCGGGGCUGCUCAGGGCAAGGCCGCGCAGGGCAAGGGGACGUCGAAAAAGGCUACCUCACCACUCUCGACACAGGAGAAGCCCUUGCCACCCUUCUGGGAGGAGCACUGGUCUGAGGAGUACAACAUGCCGUAUUUUUGGCAUUCCAAGAAGCAGGAGCCGAGCUGGAUCCGACCUACAUAA